AUGGCAUUUCAAACCAGCAUUCUUCGGGACGGCGAAUGGGUGACCGAGACUGUCAACCUCCAGGCUGCUCUGAAAGCAUCUACGACUCCAAAAUCCGCUGCACGGGCUCACCCGGAGCCACCAAGCUGUGGAAUCUUGUCCAGGACCAUAGUAGAAAGCCCUGUAGUUCACCGGAUUCUUCCUGUUCGUUUGAGAUCCGAGACUCACAACGACAUAGCUUUUGUCGGAGACCACUUUGUGCAAAUAAGCGAGCUUAGGCGAGAUGGACAAGUUCACGAGGUUGUACGAAAAAGUGAUUUUGGCUCCAGGAUCCGAGGGGCUGCUGUGAUAGGAGACUCCCUCCAGCAUGGAUUAGAUGACGAUGACCCUGCCGACAUGGUUAAAAGCGAGGACCAAGACAUUCUCAUGCGAGACUCCCUCGACACUGGCCUUGACUCCCGCCACCUAUUGCCACCGCAACUACUAGUCCUGAUACUAGAAUCUGGUGAUACCAUGUUUACGUUUCUGCGGGAAAGGCAAGACUCAACUUUGGAAUUUGUGUUUAAUAAGCGAGAAAGUCCCAAGAAUCUCUCGUAUCUUGGAUAUCACAUAUCCGUUGAUCCAUCAUCACGGUACAUGGCCGCAGCUUCGCCCGACGGAGUCCUCGUCAUAUACGAAUUUGAAUCAAUGGCCGGACUUAACCAACAAUAUCGCCAACAGGGGUUUUUCGACCCUGUCAAAUCAAUUCGGAUUCGUGCUAUACAGGGUGUAAUUCAUAAAUUGGAGUUUCUGUACCCCCGUCCAGAAGAUGACUAUCAUAUCAUUCUUCUACUGAUUGUAACAAGAAGGGAAAGACGCUCCGCGGAACCGGUUUCCCGAAUGGUCACCUACGAAUGGGAGGUAGGGGACAAUCUCAAAGAAAUCUUUGCCGAAGAGAAAGCUGGCAACAGGCUACCUAAGGAGCAUCGAAUGCCAUCUCUUCUCAUACCCCUUCGAUUCAACACGGCCUUCUUCGCGGUUUCCCAGCCAGACAUUGGUAUCGUGAAGAACUGCCUUUCUGGCUCUCCGGUGUUCGAGGUCCUCGAUACUGAUACACCUGGGCGAACGCCUCUCCAUCACGGCGCGGACAAACCACUUUGGACGGCCUGGUCUAGGCCAUUCCGAAGAAAGAAAUAUUUCGAAAAGACUGACAUUAUUUAUCUAGCUCGCGAGGAUGGAGCCAUCAUUCACGUUGAGAUCGAUGCUCCGGAGUUGGUCCCUUCUGUUACCAAUGUGGGCUGUCUCAACACCAACAUCAACACGGCUUUCACUAUUGCGUACGAUGUUUUCUCCGACGUUCUUAUAAUUGGUGGUGAUUCUGGCCCAGGCGGCAUUUGGAAGCUUGCGCCUCGGACCGACCUUGAACAAGUCAGUGUCUUACCCAACUGGUCACCGGUUGUCGACCUGGUUACCUCCAGCGGGCGUCCACUCAAGGCUUCGAGCGCCUUGGAACCCCGAAAUACGAAUUUAAGAAGCGCUGAAAUGAACAACCUACCCUCAAAACCGGAAAGCCUGUUCAGUGCGUCUGGUCGCGGCAUUCGGGGUAAUUUAACCCAGUGGAGAUGGGGCAUCCAAGGCAGGAUAGGUCUCGAUAUCGAGACCGGUGAACCUAUCAGGUGUUCCUGGGGGUUCUCAAUGAGCGGCCCGGAAGGUAACGGAUUGUUUGGCUUGCUUGCCUUGCCUGAUUCCUCCAUAUUGCUUCAUUUCUCUAGUGACUUCAGUCAGGUAGAUGCAGUACCACCCGACAGUACCGCAUUUGACUUGACGUCUCGGACGUUGCAUGCUUGCCAAGCCCAGUCUGGGCUCAUACUUCAAAUUACUGAGUCUUCCGUCGCCCUAUUAUCAGGCUCUCGAACAUCACUUCACCCUCUGCAAAGCAUACUCGGGAUAGUUGGUGCUUGUGCAGAGAAUGCUUUUUGCGCUGACGACAUUCUUGUUCUCUCCACGCACAACGAUGGGAAUUCUCAGUUGCACAUUUUGCAAAUUGAAGAGAUGAGCAUCCGAGCCGUCAAAUCUUGGGAUAUUGCCGGCGAGGUGACAUGCGUGUCCCUCUUCAAAACAGCAGGCAAUUAUUUUGUGAUUAGCGGCUCCGUUAUUGACAGCACCUCAUGGGUCUUCGCCUAUGCCCUGGAUGGCACCAUCAUAGUUGCUGAAGCUGUUGACAAAAAGCGAGUCGGCCCUUGCGGCUUUGAAGCCCCAAGUGAAGCACAGCCGUUUGAGGCCCUGACUAGCAUUUGUGUCGUACGGGAAAGCUCGAACUCUGCUGAGCUUGUUGCUGGUACACGGUGUGGACACUUAUUGAAUUUAAGAAUCUCGGAUCAAACUUCCGAACGCGUUACCUGGAACAGUGAAGCUAUGGGCGUGGCCCCCGUCGAUGUGUUUCCAACACACGGCCUCUUCGACGGCGAUUUUGCAGCCAUGGCUUGCUGCGACAACAAUAUCACCAUGAUGUCGAACUUUUCAAUGUCGAGCCUCAAGUUUCAAAAAAAGCAUUUCAUUUGGCUGACAGACUCGAACGAUGCCUCGAUGCCGUCACCACCCAUUCAUUCCGUGUUUGGCCUUGGUCUUAGCUUAUCUGGCUACAGUGGUCACAUGUCACUGAUGCUCCUUGCAGGCUCUAGGCUUCUUAUUGCAGAAAUAUGGCCACACUACUCUCUGGUCCCCAGGAGCCUGCCCUUAAACGGUUCCCCUACACGUGUCAUAUUCUCGCAAGCGUGGAACUGUUUAGUGGUUGCAUUACUGAAGGACGGUAAAUCUACCUUGGCAUUCAUUGACCCUGACAGUGGUAUGCAUCUUGCAUCUGCUUGUGACAAGGAUAGAAACGCUUUGGAGUUCAUUUCGGGCCUUGGCCACCCAGGAGACAGAAUUUAUGGUCUUAACGAAUGGUUGUAUGUGAAAGACGGCAAGACUUUUGCUUUUCUCUUGGUGACGACGAAAGAAGGCAGGCUGCUUAUCGUAUCAGUAAACAAAUCGGAAUCUCGCACCGGUGAUGGUGGCGGAAAACGAUUGCAAUAUUGGACUCGUUACAAGAAAGUGAUGGCCAAGCCUAUAUACUCUAUUGUUGGCGACAACGACGGAAUCAUAUUUUGCGUCGAUAAGACUAUUCACUGGGAUGUCCUGGAUCUGACAGAGAAGAAACUGCGGCCCAUGAAGCAGUAUGACGUUGAUUCUCCUGUAAUAUCUCUUCGAGUGUUCAACGGCAAAAUUUUUGCGCUGACUACUAUGCAUUCCCUUGAAGUAAUUGACCAUAGGGCGGGAGAAGACAAUCCGAUGUCUCUGAUACAUACGGAUGCUAUAUCGAGGACAACUACUCAUAUGACGGAUAUUGGAACAGACGGGCGGGAAUCCGACGUUGUUGGCAGGUGGCCAAUUACCAUGCUCUCUGAUCAUAGAGGAGGGCUUGUGGGCGUAUGGAUUCCAUGGGGCCAAAGAGACAAGGAAUUUCAGACAAUUUUUGAAGCAAUACUGCCCAAUUCUGUCCGACGAUUUACCCACGCUAGGAGCCGCCCGCUGUGGUUAGGGUCGGAGACACGGAAUCGAUAUGGCGUCGUGGCCAGCAGCAAAGAAGGAUCUGAGGUAUUUGGGGUUUCUCUCGACGGCUCACUACAACAUUUCACAUUGGUAAACUUAGAACUAUGGCGAAUUCUGAGCCUAGUCCAAAUUUUGGCACAACGGAAUAGGUUGUUUAAUGCCAUGGGUGGACCUCCCUCAGAUUCGGACAGCGCGGGGUCAGAGGACGACGUUGAUAUUGAACCGCGCUUACAUCCAAAGCUAAUGCACAUUGACGGUGACAUGUUGUAUCGCUGUCUGGAAAACCGACUUCUCGAGAAGCUUGUUGGGACAGCUGACGGGCUGGAUCUAUUUUGUGAGUAUCUCGAUGGUCUAGAUGGUGGCCGCUGGACAGACAGGUUCAGGGACGGCAUCGGGAACUCGGAGGAAAGAGAAGCUGCGUACUUCAAUUUGGGAUACGAUAUUCUCAGUUAUAUUUUAGCCCCGGCUUUAUAG